AUGAGUCUUUUCAUCGAAUAUUCCAUUUACUUUGGUCCAACAAUGAAAAAUUUAACGUGGAUGAUAGUCAUAUUAAAUGUAUAUGCCACGGCUCAAAUUUAGGCACAUAUUAUUAUUUUUGUGUUCAUUGUAAACAAAUGUACCACAAAGAAUGUGUCGAGUCUCCUAUUAAAAUCACACACCCUUACCACCCUGAACAUUCUCUCCAACUCUACUAUCUUGAAACCUACAGAUAUGAAUGUUUCUGUUGUGGAAAAAGAUGAUUUCAUGUACUCCCCACACAUCAUCAAGAUAUCACGUCACCACCAUCGUCUCUCCUACACUUCUUCUCUUCAAUCAAGAGAGUGGUCUUGUGGAGUUUGUCGUCAAUGUAUUGACGGUGGUUAUGGUGCAUAUACUUGUGACAAGUGUAGUGAUUAUGUUGUUCGUUCAAGAUGUGCUCUAGGAAAAAAUGUGUGUGAUGGAGAAGAACUUGAAGGUGUACCAGAAGAUGAUGACAUAACACAAGAUGAAAGGCUGUUUAUUGUGAUAUCAGAAGGAGUGAUACUUCAUUUUCUUCAUGGCCAUCAUCUCCGACUCGAGAUCAGCAUGCUCUAUGACGAAAAUAAGCUUUGUCAGGCAUGUGUUCUGCCUAUCUUUGAGGACCAAAAUGCAUAUCCCAUAUGUCACAUAUGCAAAGAAGCAUGUUUAAAACAAUUAAAUUGCAUCACAUGCAAUUUUAUUGUAUGUUUCAAGUGCUGCGCUACUAUACCAUACAAAGCAAUGUAUAAACAUGACAGACAUUUUCUCAAGAUUUUAUGUGGGGAAGAAGUAUGUGAGAAAGUUUGGUGUGAGAUCUGUGAACGUGAUUUAAGUGAUACAAAUACAAAGGUGUUCUAUUGGUGCGACGAGUGUUGCACCACAGUUCAUAUUGAAUGCUUAUUUGGUAAAGAUUCAUAUAUGAAACCCGGUCAAUUUUUAAAGCCUGACUUUAAGGGGAAAAAGACUUACCUUCUACCCAAAAGUAAUAUUUCUCAACCAUUAUGCAAUUAUUGCAAGAACCCUUAUAUAAACAAAGUAUUCAAGAUUGGCUCCUACCAGGGCCGGCCCAGAGCAUAG